AUGUACCAGAGCCUGGCGCUGGCUCCGAGCACCGGCCAGGCCGCCUACGCCGAGUCGGGCGCCUUCUUGCACGCUCCGGGUGCAGGGUCCCCGGUGUUCGUGCCUCCGGCUCGCGCGCUCCCCAUGCUGCCCUACUUGCCCGCGUGUGAGCAAGGACCGCAGGCCCCCCAGCUCGCCGCGCACCCCGGCUGGGCACAGGCAGCCGCCGACGCGUCCGCCUUUGGCGCGGGCAGCCCGCACCCUGCAGCCACGCAGCCACCUGGGACCUCCAGCUUCCCCUUCGUGCGCAGUCCCGCGGUGCCCGGCGGGGGCGCGGGCGGCCGGGACGGCGGCACCUACCAGAGCGCGCUGCUGGCUCGCGACCACUACCCGGCCCCACUCGGGCGGCCCGUGGGCGCUCCGUACCCUAGCACCUACCCAGCCUACGUGAGCCCCGAUGUGGCCCCGGCCUGGGCCGCCGGACCCUUCGACAGCAGCGUCCUGCCAGGCCUCCCUGGUCGCAGGGCCGCCUUAGCUUCCGACUUCCUGGAGGAGUUUUCGGGCGAAGGUCGCGAGUGUGUCAACUGUGGGGCCCUGUCCACGCCACUGUGGCGCCGGGAUGGCACCGGUCACUACCUGUGCAAUGCGUGCGGCCUCUACCACAAGAUGAAUGGUGUCAACCGGCCACUGGUGCAGCCACAGAAACGGCUGUCCUCUUCUCGCCGGGCAGGACUCUGUUGCACCAACUGCCACACAACCAACACCACACUGUGGCGGAGGAGCGCGGAGGGCGAGCCUGUGUGCAACGCCUGUGGGCUUUACAUGAAGCUGCAUGGGGUGCCCCGGCCUCUGGCCAUGAAGAAAGAGAGCAUCCAGACAAGAAAGAGGAAACCCAAAACCACCACCAAGGCCAAGGGCUCAUCAGGGUCUGCCUCCAGCACCUCCCUCUCCCCAUCCUCAGUCCACACCUCCCAGAGCUCAGCAUCCACGUUGAAGCCAGAGCCCACCUUGACAUCCCCGACAUGCCCAGGCCCCAGUGUGGCCUCCCAGGCCUCCAGCCACGUGGUUGAGCCCCUGCCUCCCAGUCACCUGGAGUUCAAGUUCGAGCCCGAGGACUUUGCCUUCCCAUCUACCCUGGGCCCCCAAGUUGGCCUCGGAGGGGCCCUGCGCCAGGAGGCCUGGUGUGCACUGGCCUUGGCCUAG